AUGGCGGAGCGGAGGAACAACAAUAGGUGGAACUGGGAGUUCGGAGGUACUCGAUCUCUGCUGCCUCGGCUUUGGCUCUCCAACCACUCUGUGACUUCUAAGCUCCAGAAACUCAAGGACCAAGUUAAGCUUGCUAGAGAAGAUUACUUGGAGUUGAGACAAGAAGCAAGUGAGUUGCACGAGUAUUCUAAUGCCAAACUUGAAAGAGUUACACGUUAUCUUGGUGUUCUUGCCAAUAAAACCCGAAAGCUAGAUCAAUUUGCCCUUGAAACUGAGGCUAGAAUUUCCCCGCUGAUCAAUGAGAAGAGAAGGUUGUUCAAUGACUUAUUGACAGCCAAAGGAAACAUAAAGAUAUAUUGUCGUGCAAGACCAUUAUUUGAGGAUGAAGGUUCCUCAAUUGUUGAAUAUCCUGAUGACUACAACAUCCGUGUAAAUACUGGUGAUGAUGCCUUGUCCAACCCCAAGAAGGAUUUCAAACUUGACAGAGUUUAUGGACCUCAUGUUGGACAAGCUGAACUUUUCCGUGAUGUUCAACCUUUGGUGCAGUCAGCAUUGGAUGGAUAUAAUGUUUCUAUAUUUGCAUAUGGACAAACCAACUCAGGAAAGACACACACAAUGGUUGCUCUCUUUUCCUCUUUUCCUCCCUUUGCAUUUGUUUGUGUGUGUCUUUGCCGGAAUGUGUAUCUGAUGUAUAUAAAUUUGUACUUGUAUGCUGACUUCUAUUCCUCUAGCCAGUUCAAGGCGUUCUAACUUGAUAUUUUCUUUUACAAAUUUGUAAAAUGAAUUGAUUACAAAUUCUACGUUGAUGUAUUAGGGACUUUAAAAAAGAAAUGAGAAGU